AUGUUACGAAAAAAUCAAAGUCGUAUUAACUCCUUAACUCAACAAAAAAAAGAAAAAGGGUUCGAAAAAACCUUGGAUACUAUUUUUAACAUAAAGCGACACGAUAAUGAUGUAUCAUUGGAGAAAUUACAGGAACUAAUGGAUACUGCAUGUCAGAAAGACCUGAGUCAAUCAUUUGAUUCAGAUAAUUGUUAUGAGAGUGUUUCGCAACCAUUGAAAAAUCCAGGAAUUGUAUUGGAUAAAUUACCAGUCACAGAUUUGAAUGAGAUAGGACCAAGUCAAGCUUUAAAUUUGAGUCACACCAGCAGUGAGAUAUUAAGUGGAAGCUCUUCAAAUUAUUCUGAUCAGUUGUCAAGAUAUCACCUACGGAAACGUCCAAAGCUUAACAUUGUCACGGAGAAUGUGGCAUUAGCUCUGGAUAGAACAAAAACUAGCAGCAGAAGUGCGGCGCAUAUUUUGGCUGCCGCUGCAAGUAGUUUUGGUUAUAAGCUUGAUGACUUGAAUCUGAGUCACAGUUCUAUUCACAGAACUCGUAUGAAAGUAAGGACAGAAGUAGCUGCUCGAUUGAAGAAGAAUCUACAAGUGGCAGAUCAUCUUACAGUGCACUGGGAUGGAAAACUGCUUCCCGAAUCGGGUGUAUUAAAGAAAAUGGAAAGAGUACCCGUAAUUGUGUCCGGACUUAAUACUGAGCAAUUACUGAACGUGCCGAAAUUUAACAAGGGAUCAGCAAUAAAUGAAGCUCAAGGUAUUGCAGAUACUAUAUAUGAAUGGAAUCUCAAUAAUCGAAUCAAAGCAAUGUGCUUUGACACUACACCUUUGAACACAGGUCAGAAAGGUGGAGUCUGCGUCUUGUUAGAAAAAAAGUUGGGUAAAAAAUUGUUGUAUUUCGCAUGUCGUCACCAUAUUUUUGAAUUGGUAUUGAGAGCGGUCGUUGAAAUUUACUGGCCUGAGACAACCGGUCCAGACAUGCCCACUUAUAAGAAUUUUCGACGUAUUUGGCAGGAAAUUGAUCAAAGUGAUUUUGAAAUUGGAUUUAAUGAUAAAUUAAUACGCCAAGUUCUUAAAGAGGACAAAGAUAAAAUCCUUGAGUUUUUACAACUUCGAUUAAAGGAAUCCCAACCCAGAGAUGAUUACAAGGAAUUCUUGGAACUUGCUUGUAUAUUUUUAGGUGGUGUUCCACCUAAAGGAAUUGCAUUUAAAGUGCCAGGAGCAGUACACCAUGCUAGGUGGAUGGCAAAAGCCAUUUAUUCCUUGAAGAUGUUUAUGUUUAAGAAACAAUUGGGUAUUCAAAAAGUGGAAAUCGAUGGUCUGCGGCAGAUCUGCAUUUUUAUUAUUCGUUUCUACGUAAAACCGUGGUUUAAUGCGCCAAAUGCUAUCAAAGCACCCAAUCAAGAUUUGACAUUGCUUCAAAGCUUAAUAAAGUAUCGAAAAAUCAAUGCCAAAAUCUCAGGCGCAGCUACUUCCAAACUAUGUGCCCACUUGUGGUAUAUAUCCGAAUACCUUGCACCUUUGGCUUUUUUUGAUGACAUGGUCUCAAAUGCAACAAAAUUAAAAAUGAUUCGUGCAAUCAAAGAGCGAGAAGGUACACAUCCAGUCCCAACACGAGUUAUAGUUAAAGAGGCUGAUUAUUUGAAAGUGAUUAACAAAGAUAUAAGUGAUUUCGUCACAAAAAAUUCAUUGUUUUUAUUUGAGCAAUAUGAUUUACCCUAUGAUUUUCUCGAAGUGUCGCCUGGCGAUCGCAGUUCCAAAAUCGCAAAUCCAGGCUUCGGCGAUAUAUUAAACAAAGUUGUUGUAAGUUUCGUCGACGUUGGCGUCGAGGGGAUUUGA